AUGAAAACCGCCAAUAACUGUCACGAACGCAGGACCAACGUGUGCUCCUUCCGCGAGGUGGAACUGGUGCGAGUGCGGAAGCCAUGCACGAGAGCCCGGCUGCAGAUGACCAAGUUUCGGCGAGCGGACUGCCUCCAUGGUCAAGCAGACUGCUUCGAAGUCAAGCCGAGAACGGUCUACUACACGGCGUACGAGGACGUCUUGGAACGCCGACACAGGACAAGCUACCGCUGCUGCCCUGGCUGGGAGCGACGCACGGACGAAGCUGGUUGUUGGCGUCCGGCGAACUCCGAAGCGAGCCAGUGUCUCAACGGAGGGCGAAGUCGGAGGCACGGCUCGCACUUCGGCGAGAGCGGUUGCAUCUGUCCUCCGGGAUUUCAAGGGCUCAGGUGUGAAUUGGAUGUGAACGAGUGCUUGGGCGACAAGCAUGGGUGCGUGCACAACUGCAUCAACACCGUCGGGUCCUACCACUGCUCGUGUCGUCCGGGCUACCAGCUUGGAAACGAUGGCCUUUCAUGUUUUCAGAUCGAGGUCCAGACGAUCCUCGACUGCGGAACCAACAACGGUGGUUGCGACCACAAGUGCCGCAACACCUUGUACGGUCCAGAAUGCUCGUGCAAGCCAGGCUACCGGUUGAUGGGCGACCGCCAGGCGUGCGCAGAUAUCAAUGAGUGCGAAGAGCUCCCCAGCAAGUGCGUGCAUCGCUGCCAGAAUUUGCCGGGUUCUUUUCGGUGCGUGUGCCCGCCAGGACAAAGCAUCUCUGAGGAUGGAAGGACUUGCCAGGCAGCCCAAUGCACGCCAGGUUUCUUUGGUGAAGAGUGCCAGUACGCGUGCGCGGACUGUCAGCAGGGAAAGUGCGAUUCCCUCGCCAAGACCUGCCGCUGUCAUCCUGGAUACCGAGGAGCGUUUUGCAACGACACUUGUCUCAAGGGGACAUACGGUGCCGGUUGCGAGGAAAAGUGCUUGUGCAAAAGUGACGCCGCGUGCCAUCCCAAGACGGGACGCUGCACCUGCGCCCGAGACUCACGUGGCCGGCACCGCUGCGAUGACGUCUGUCCCUUCGGUUUCUUCGGCCCUCGCUGCAAUCGGAGGUGUCCUGACGACUGUCCGAGUGCAAGGUGCCACCGCCACUUCGGUCACUGCGAGUGUCCACCGGGGUGGCACGGACGCCACUGCAACCUGCCCUGUGCGGCUUUCACCCACGGCCCCGGUUGCAGCAGGCCGUGCAAGUGCAGUCGCGCUCACUCCUCCGGCUGCGACCCCAAGACUGGCGAAUGCAUCUGCCUCGACGGCUACACGGGCGAGAGAUGCCAAAAGCCGUGCCCAGCGGCUACGUGGGGAAAGAAGUGUUCCAAGAGCUGCCGAUGCCCCGAGCAUCCCAAAUGUGAUCCAGCAACAGGAGCCUGUUCGCUAUCCUGCCCUGACGGUUUGACAGGAGCGGCAUGUGGACGAGCGUGCGCACCCGGCAGCUACGGACGGGACUGUGCCAAGCGGUGCAACUGCGCCAACGGAGCCGACUGCGACCACGUCACGGGCCAGUGCCACUGUACGGCAGGAUGGCACGGCCCCCGCUGCACCCUGCCUUGUCCCCGAGGAUCCUACGGCCGCAACUGCAGCGACCGAUGCGAGUGCGCCCCGAAUGCCCUGUGUGACGUCAUGAGUGGGGCGUGCACCUGCGGCCCCGGAUGGAGGGGCAGUUUUUGCGAGCUGCCCUGCCCCCCGGGCUUCCACGGCACCGACUGCGGCCUUCGAUGCGACUGCCGCGCGGGCGUGGAGUGUGACACCGUAACGGGGCAGUGCCUGGACUCCAUCAAUGGGACUGCGGCUACGCCGGGGUGCGAGAAGGGAUUCUACGGCAAGAAUUGCUUACGGAGUUGUCAUUGUGAACACGGGGCUACCUGCUCCCAAACAGACGGCAAAUGCCAUUGCGGACCAGGAUUCAGCGGCGAUCGAUGCGAAAAUUCCUGCCCUGAAGGCUUUUACGGGGCAAACUGCGCCCAUGCCUGCAACUGCAAGCCUUGGGAGCCCUGUGAUCACGUGACCGGGGCGUGUCACUGCCAGCUAGGAAAAGUUGGUCGCCGCUGCGAACAGAGAUGCAAGCAAGGAUGGUUCGGACAAGGCUGCCAGUUGAGGUGCAACUGUUCCGCUGGAGUCGCUUGCCAUCACGAAAGCGGAAACUGCGUUUGUCCCCCCGGUUUGAAGGGCGAGCGCUGCGAUCAAGAGUGCGAGCAGGGUACCCACGGCGUCAACUGCCAGAAGCGCUGCCAGUGUCGACGGGGUCGAUGCGACCGGAUCUCCGGCCAAUGCGAUUGCCCUGCGGGAUUCACGGGAAGCCUCUGCGACGAAGCUUGUCCAGAUGGCAGUUUUGGAAAGAACUGUCUGGACACCUGUUCGUGUCAGCGUAACAGCACUUGUGAGAGCACAAACGGCACGUGUCACUGCCCUCCUGGAAGGACGGGGAAGCACUGCGAAAAAGACUGCCCUGUAGGCUACUUCGGGAAGGGGUGCAUCCACAAGUGUUCCUGCGUGCACGGCGCUUGUGCCGCCAGGGACGGUUCUUGCAGCUGCAAUCCUGGAUUCGUUGGCGACAAAUGUCAACACGCCUGUCCUGCGGGUGCUUAUGGACCUGAAUGCAGACAUCGCUGCGAGUGCCAGAACAACGCCACUUGUGACUCAGCCACCGGGAUUUGUAAAUGCAAGCCUGGUUUUCUGGGAGCGACCUGUUCAAAUUGUAAGCACUUGUUGUUCACUGCCCUCAGUCGAAAAUACGCACUAUUGAAACACUUGAACUUACAGAAGUACUUACAAAAGAGUACUAAAGCAAAGUUUUUAGUCAGCUGUUAUCUAUUGUCGUCUCCUUUCUACGUCUAUCACUCUUGCCCCACUGAAAGGUUUGGCGAAUACUGCCGUAAACGAUGUCGCUGUACCAACGGUGGGAUCUGCGAUCAAGCGACUGGAACUUGCAGUUGCCCCGACGGUUUUAUGGGCACUACUUGUGAACAGGUGUGCGAGAGAGGCUGGUACGGCAGGAACUGUUCCCAACCUUGCGUAUGCAACGGCCACAGUUGCGACCCUGGGACGGGAUCUUGUCGGUGUCCCGCUGGAUUUGUCGGCCACAGGUGUGAACAAGGUUGUUCAGAGAGGUUUUACGGCCCAGGAUGUAGCCUAUUUUGCAAGUGCCCUCAAGGCUCAAAAUGCAGCUCAACAAACGGUCAAUGCAUCUGCCCGGUGGGAUGGUCUGGGCCACUAUGUACCGAUGAAGAAGAACUGGGCAAGAACAGCCAAGGCAGUGUUUCUAAUGGUAUAUAGAAGACAUAUUUUUUGCCUAUUUGUAAGUAUACUUGCCGAAGUGAUUUUUCUGUCAAUAAAAUAUUCUUAACACAGCUAUGUAGAUACACCUGAGUAGGCAUUAUGAAUUAGGCACAGACCACCUUACUGGCAAAAUUACACAACAUGAAAUGCUAGAAGUGCAUUGUGCCUAAGUUGCCAUACUCCCAGCAAUGUAAGUUAAAAUCUUGUAGAAGUUGCAAUCCAAAUAAUUGGUGACUUA